AUGUCGAACCCAUAUCUUUAUAACAGCUACCAGCCCUAUUCGCCUCAGAUGAUGGAGGGCCAAAUGAACAUCUCUCCCACAUUCCACAACUUACAGUAUCUCAGCGGCUCUGUUGGUUCUACGACAGGGUCACUAUCAUCUACAUCCUCCUCUGCAUCAUCAACAUCCAACUACUCUUUGCACAAUCCUCGCAUGAGAUACUACUUGUCCAAAUCGUUUGAUCUUGAGGACGACCUCGAGUUUUGCCCCGACAUUCCAGAAAACCUUCCCUUUAACUCGAGUCCCACCUUCAAAAAGUUCAAUCCUUACACAGCAUCGGUGUUUUCGCCCACAGUGCAACCAGCGGAACUGUCAAUAUCAGCGAUUCCAAGCGUUCCCUCUUUGCCCCGCGUGAGCACCCCAAGAACGAAAAAAGUCAUUGAGAUUGUCAAUCCACAUACGAAAGUGAGAGUCGGGUCUCCUGCCAUCCAGAAGUAA